CGCGGCCCCUCCCUCUUCACGCUCAUUGGCUGCCGCGCCCACCCCGCCCCUCCGUUGCCAGGAGACGCCUUCCGUGCAAGAUGGCGGCCGCCACGGCGGAGCAGGAGCAGGAGGAGGCCGCGGCGGCGCUGGCGGCGCUGCUGGGCCCUGCCGCGGGCGGCGCGGCGCGGGCGGGCGCGGCCGGGGCGGCGCUGUCGCUGUCGGGGUCGGCGGCGGGGCGGCGGCUGCUGGCGGGGCGGCCCGCGCUGCUGGCGGCGCUGCUGCGGCUGGCGGCGGAGCCGGGCCCGGGGCCGGCCCGCGCGGCGCGGUGCUGCCUGCUCAACGUGUCGGCCGAGCCCGCGGCCCGCGGGGCGCUGCUGCCCGCGCUGCCCUCGCUGCUGCCGCUGCUGCCGGACGGGCCGCUCUGCGGGCUCCUGGCCAACCUCAGCCGCGAGCGGGGCGCGGCGCGGGCCGUGCUGCGGGCGCUCGGGCCCCGCUGGGACGCGCUGCUCCAGGCGCUCGCUCGGCCCCGGCCGCCGCCGGAGCUCGGGCCGCUGCUCUGCAACCUCAGCCAGGUCCCCGAGGGGCGCCGCGGGCUCCUGGACCGCUCCCGGUGCUCGGUGCAGCGGCUCCUGCCCUUCACGCAGUACCGAGACUCCGCCGAGCUCCGCCGCGGCAUCGUGGGCGCGCUCCGGAACUGCUGCUUCGAGCACGAGCACCACGAGUGGCUGCUGAGCGAGGCCGUGGACAUCCUGCCCUUCCUGCUCCUGCCCCUCGCCGGCCCCGAGGAGCUCCCUCAGGAGGACAUGGAGCGGCUGCCCCCGGACCUGCAGUACCUACCCCCGGACAAGCAGCGCGAGGAGGAGCCCGACAUCAGGAGGAUGCUGCUGGAGGCCGUCAUGUUGCUCACGGCCACGGGGCCCGGGCGGCGCCUGGUGCGGGACAUGGGCACGUACGUGGUGCUGCGGGAGCUGCACGGCUGGGAGCAGCACCCCGGGGUGCGGGCGGCCUGCGAGCGCCUGCUGCAGGUGGUGAUCGGGGACGAGCCUCCCCCGGGCAUGGAGAACCUGCUGGAGGUGACCAUCCCGCCGGACGUGGAGCAGCAGCUCCAGUGCCAGGACCGGGAGGAAGAGGAGCAGCGAUGGUGGGAGCCGGAGCAGGAGCCGGAAGGCUCGAGCCACGAGGGACCCUCCCGGUGACGCUGUGGGUCACCCCCAACACCCUGUGGGGUGAAACUGGGACCCACCUUUGGGGUCCUGCAGGGCAGGGCCCCCCGCUUUGCCCCCUGCUGUGGGGUGAGGUUGGAACGUGGUGCUGGGGGUCAGGAAGGUGCUCCCUGCCCGGUGCUGUGGGGCUGGACCCCCCCCGCCUGGGCCCACACAAUGUGCCUUGAGGAAUAAAAGGUUUCCAGCCCCAACC